AUGGCCAUCCGUUGGCCAAAGAUCGUCGGAAGACAGUUCGGGAGAGCCCAUUUCUCCUCAGGACCUUCGGCAGUAUCGGGGCAUACGGCUUCCGGUGGCUACAAGACGUGGAAGAACCUUACGUUUUUCAUUGCCCUACCGGCCAUAGGAUUGUGCUUUCUAAACGUUUAUCUGGCACACCAGGAAGCACGCGGACCGAGGCCGGAGUUUGUGCCGUACGAGUAUCUCCGCAUCCGCAACAAACGGUUUCCUUGGGGGGAUGGCAAAAAGACGCUUUUCCACAACCCGGAAGUGAACGCUCUGCCGGAUGGCUAUGAAAAGUAG